CGCUAUUAUAUUCAGGUUAACAUACCAAAACAGCGCCGCACUUUUUGCAAGGCCAAGAAAUGUCGAAGACACACUCUACAUAAAGUCACGCAGUACAAGACAGGAAAAGCCAGUCUGUACGCUCAGGGUAAGCGUUAUAGCUUAAUGAAUAAUAGGAGGAUAGUCCAUUGUCUGAACUAAUUAUAUGUUUGGUGAUUCCAUGUUUGUCGAAAGGUUUUUAACUUGAGUAAACUCGUAUAUAUUGCCAGCUUGAAAGGAGUGCAUGAGUAUUGUCUUGUUAUUUUCUAUUUUCGUUCAGGAAAACGCCGCUACGAUCGUAAGCAGUCAGGUUAUGGAGGCCAAACAAAACCUAUUUUCCACAAAAAGGUAAACAACUGAAGUGAUCACAUUGUUUACAAUAAUCUCAGUUUGCAAAUGUUAACUUGAUUCUAUCUGAUCUUGUUGGAAUUGGAAGUCAGUCACCAGAGGGGAAUAAUUUUUGUCGAUAGUCAAGGACACGUUCGACUGUAGUUUCACUGUAAAUUUGUGUCAUUGUCGAUUGUGAAUUUUUUUUUUGACACUGGUUGUGUUGAAAAAAAGAACAGUGAAUUAACAGAUCAUGCAAGUGACCUUUUGAUGCAGUUUCUUUUGAUGGUGCAGUCAUUGCAAGGUCAAUCAUACUUGCAUGAACCGGAAUAAUUAUCCUGACACAUAUAUGUACCACAGUUCCUGUUAGGGACUUUAAGAUCAGACAACACAAUCAGCAAUGAAAACAUAGACAAAACAACCACUUUGCACUUGCAGCACACCUUUUUGUACAUUUCGUGGAAGUUUUUGGCUGACUACAACAUGAUUUUGCUGACUUUUAUGACCAUUAUGACUACUAUGGAGGACAUAAGCAAGCAACAACAAAAUUUUAUUCUCUUUCUGAACUUGGAUACGGUUCUUAGGAAUUCAACUCCAGGAGGGUUUGCCUACACUUGACAAAGUACAUGUAACUGGGAAGGAAUAUUCGAGAUGAAGACUAAAAGAAUGUAAUUUCACUUGAUGUUUUCCCUACAAGGAUCUUAAGGGCCUUGUUGUCUGUGUUGAGAUAUGUGUGCAUGAGGCUGUGUAGUGCAAUAUUCCCCUUGUAUGGCAAGACCAGUUGAACACAAAAAUGCGGUUUAACAUGAGUCCUUUACAAAUUUAGGCCAAAACUACCAAGAAAAUUGUGCUGCGCAUGGAAUGUACAGAGUGCAAAUACAGGAAACAGAUAGCCCUGAAAAGAUGCAAGCAUUUUGAACUGGGUGGAGACAAAAAGAGAAAGGUAAGAACAAUAUGCUAC